UAUACCGCUGUCAACUAGGUACAGAUACCACCGGGUAUGGAGCUUGUUUGAGUCCCGAGUCCUCUCCAAAUGCCCUUCACAACACUACACAAGCAUACACGACCAUCCUUGUGGUUAUUGCCAUAAUAUCCCUCAGAAACAUGUGGAAGUUUAAGGAAGAUCACACGCUGGAAUACAGGUGCACGGAGUCAGCGAAAAUCAAAGCCAAACACCCAAACCACGUUCCGGUGAUCAUAGAGAAAGUUCCUGGUUCAAAAAUUGGCGACAUGAAGGACCCGAAAAAAUUGGUACCUUCAGAUAUCCCCGUGGCCCUAUUUAAGCCGAUUAUCAGGAAACACCUGCAGAUGCCUUCACAAAAACCUCUAUUCUUGUUCGUAAACGCGGCGAUGCCUCCGCCCCGUCUGACCAUGGGACAGCUGUACGAGAGAGAAAAAGACGAAGACGGCAUCUUGUACAUGGCGUACGGCGGAGAGAAGACGUUUGGUGAGAAGAAAAACCAAAGAAGGCUUCUGGUAAUGAUUGAGGACGUGAGCGUGGAUGGAGACGUCUGCGUCGUGUAAACCGCCAACGGUGUUCACCAGCUCCCAAUAUACUUACGUCUUGU